AUGAAGUUCUCUGUCACCGUCGUCGCUCUCCUUGCUAGCUCCGUCGCUGCUGUUCAAUUGCAGUACGAUAACCACUACGAUGAUUCCGGUGCUUCUCUCAGCACCACAGCUUGUUCGGAUGGCACGAACGGCCUAGGAAACCGAGGUUAUUCCACCUUUGGUUCCCUUCCUAGCUUUCCUCGCAUCGGUGCAGUCGAUGCCAUCACAGGAUGGAACUCGGACAAGUGUGGAAGCUGUUGGCGAGUCACCUACCAGGGCAAGAGCGUCAACAUCCUCGGAAUGGAUUUCGCUGGCAAUGGCUUCAACGUUGCUCAGUCGGCGAUGGAUGAGCUGACAAACGGCCAGGCGGUUCAGUUGGGCAAUAUCCAGGUGGACGCCGUUGAGGUCACUCCUGGAGAAUGUGGGCUUCCUUAA